AUGGUUGGAAGAACAGCGAUUGGUAUCGACCUGGGUACCACAUAUUCUUGUGUGGGUAUCUGGCAACACGGAAAAGUAGAGGUCAUCGCCAACGAUCAGGGAAACAGGACCACCCCGAGUUAUGUGGCGUUCACCGACACCGAACGGUUGAUCGGCGACGCGGCCAAGAACCAAGUGGCAAUGAACCCCGUCAAUACGGUGUUCGACGCCAAGCGGUUGAUCGGUCGUCGAUUUGACGACGACAAGACCCAAGCGGACAUUAAACACUGGCCGUUCAAAGUGGUCGACGAUUUCGGUAAGCCCAAGAUCCAAGUGGAAUUCAAGGGUGAACGGAAGGUAUUCGCGCCGGAAGAAAUCAGUUCAAUGGUGCUGACGAAAAUGAAGGAGACCGCGGAAGCGUACCUCGGCCGUGCAGUGACGGACGCCGUGAUCACGGUGCCGGCGUACUUCAACGAUUCGCAGAGACAAGCUACCAAGGACGCGGGCGCCAUAGCUGGUCUGAACGUGAUGCGAAUAAUCAACGAACCGACAGCUGCGGCUUUGGCGUACGGUCUGGACAAGAACCUGAAAGGUGAGAGAAACGUGUUGAUUUUCGACCUGGGCGGUGGCACGUUCGACGUGUCCGUUCUGCAGAUCGACGAGGGUUCGAUAUUCGAAGUGAAGUCGACGGCGGGUGACACGCACUUGGGCGGCGAAGACUUCGACAACCGGCUGGUGUCUCAUUUGGCAGAAGAGUUCAAGAGGAAAUCGAAAAAGGACGUGCACACCAAUCCGAGGGCGCUGAGACGGUUGAGGACGGCAGCGGAACGUGCCAAGAGGACCCUGUCGUCCAGCUCGGAGGCCACCAUAGAGAUCGACGCUCUGAUGGAAGGCAUCGAUUUCUACACCCGAGUGUCCCGAGCCCGUUUCGAGGAGCUGUGCGCAGAUCUGUUCAGAUCGACACUGCAGCCAGUAGAGAAGGCAUUAACGGACGCCAAGUUGGACAAGGGAGACAUACACGACGUGGUGCUCGUGGGCGGUUCUACGAGGAUCCCGAAGAUCCAGAGUCUCCUGCAAAACUAUUUCUGCGGCAAGCCCCUGAACUUGUCCAUCAACCCCGACGAGGCAGUAGCGUACGGCUGCCGCGGUACAGGCGGCCAUUCUCAGCGGUGA